AUGUUAAAUUAUCGGGUACAAACAACUAUGAAUCCUCAGCGGGAACAACAACCGUAUCAACAACAUAUUCAGCGUAGUUCUUCUUCGGGGUCGAAUUACGGGAAUAUGUUUGUGAAAGUUGGUGAAUCACCGACUACUUAUAGUUGUAAUUUUUGUGGUAAAUUAAUAACGAAUCGAUGGCAUCAUUCGGCAAUUCACAAACCUCAAAAUAAUCGUUGCCCUUGGUGUUCUCAAGUUUUUAGUAGAAAGGACAAUUUAAAGUCGCAUGUACGUAUUAAACACGGUGGGGUUAAUUUGGAUUGUUGA